AUGGAAGGUUCAAUCUGCCGUUUACCAGAAAUAAUUGAAUUAAAAAAGAAAUAUAAAGCGUAUUUAUACAUGGAUGAAGCACAUUCAAUAGGUGCUAUCGGUAAAAAUGGCCGUGGUAUCGUAGAUUAUUUUGGUGUGGAUGUCAAGGAUGUUGAUAUUUUAAUGGGAACCUUUACAAAAAGUUUUGGUUCAGCUGGAGGUUAUAUUGCAGGCAGCAAGUCUCUCAUCGAUCAUAUUCUUACUAAUUCUCAUGCUCACACUUAUGCUUCAAGUAUGGCAGCGCCAGUAGUUGAACAAAUAAUAUCUUCUCUUCGCAUUCUCAAAGGUCCAGAAGGCAAAAAACGUAUUUAUCAAUUAGCUGAUAAUACACGUUAUUUUCGAAGCAAAUUAGUAGAUAUGGGUUUUAUUGUUUAUGGGAAUAAAAAUUCGCCAGUUGCUCCAGUGUUACUUUAUCUGCCUGCAAGAGUAACAAGAUUUAAUCGAGAGAUGCUUCGACGUGGUAUAGCUGUUGUUACUGUUGGAUUUCCAGCAACAAAAUUAUUGGAAGCUCGUGUUCGUUUUUGUAUAUCAGCUGCGCAUACACGUCAAAUGCUUGACACUGCUCUAAUGGCUAUUGAUGAAGUCGGCACUGAAAUAUCAUUACGUUACUCGACACGACACAAAUCUCGACGAUUUAGGGAGUUGUGA